AUGCGGCGCUGCGCUAGCCGCGGGGUGUACGACCGUGGGAAGUCGGCCGGGGAUCCUCCUCUUAGCUGCUUGGCUCAAGCUGUGCUAGCCGAGGAGGCAGGGUUUCCCAAGGGCGCCAUCAAUGUGAUCACCACUCUCGACUCAGUCUCUGAUGUUGGUCAAGCUCUGUGUAGCAAUAAAAUGGUCCGCAAGCUCGGCUUUACGGGAACUUGGUGGAAACAGUCCUUCAUUGUCUUUGAUGAUGCAAGUAUUGAUACGGCCAUCCAGGCUUGUAUCAUGGCCAAGUUCCGGAACUCCGGGCAAACAUGCGUCACUGCCAAUCGCAUCUUUGUCCAAAAGGGCAUCUAUGAGAAGUUCACUAACGCUCUGAUUGAUAAAGUGCGAGCUCUCAAAGUUGGCUCUGGGAUCGAGGACGGUGUCCAUGUCGGCCCGCUGACACAUGAGCGUGCCGUGGGCAAGGCGAUGGACCACAUUGAAGAUGCACGAAAGCAUGGCGCAGAAGUCGUUCUAGGAGGAGCACCCCUAGAAACUCUUCCAGGCUAUUUCCUCCAGCCAACUAUCAUUAAGGAUAUGAACGCCAGUAUGAAAAUGACCUGUGAAGAAACCUUUGCGCCAGUGGUCGGACUAUACAAGUUCGAGACAGAGGAAGAAGCCAUCCAGCGUGCAAAUGAUUGCGACGUUGGGUUGGGCGGAUUCAUUUGCACAGAGAACAUUUCUAGAAUGUGGCGUGUGGCUGAAGCGUUGGAAGUUGGCAUGGUUGGCGUGAAUCUUGGUAUGCUCAGUGCUUGCGAGAGCCCCUUCGGCGGAAUCAAAGAGAGCGGGUAUGGGCGAGAACUUGGCCAUUACGGCAUUGAUGAAUAUCUGGCUGUCAAGUCCAUGAUAGGCGUGGGUGUUUGA